GAGCAAACCUCUGCUUCCAUUUUCCCUCAUGGCCAAAUAGAUAUAUCCUAUCAUCCCCCUCGUUUUCUUCCUCAGGCCAUCAUUCAACUCUCCUUCCGAUUAACCGCCACAGAACUUAGUCGUUUUGGUUUUUUUAUUGGUUUUAACAGCAUAAAUAUGGGUAGUUUCAAUCUCAGAAGGAAAGCUAGUUAUCGAAUGUCGAUUCUUAGACGCUGCAUUUUUCGUGUCUGGAAUCAAAUUGUUAUGUGUUCUUUAGCGAAGCCUGUCCAUUAUCGGAUGUUGCAGCCGCUUCCCUUGCCGGCUUCUUCUUCAGCAGAUCGCGAAUUCGUCUCGGACAAUGUCGCUCCGACGUCUCCGAGUGCCGCGAUUUGUAAUAAGAAUAAGGAUUCCGAUUUGGUUUCUUUGAAGAUUAGUCUGUUGGGCGAUUGCCGGAUUGGAAAAACCAGUUUUCUGGCCAAGUAUGUGGGGAAUGAGAAAGAAGAGAGAGGAAUGGUGAAAGAUGGGAUGAUUAUGAUGGAUAAGACAUUAUUGGUUAAAGGUGCACGUAUUUCUUACAGUCUCUGGGAGAUAGAUGGUGACGAAGGAGCCAGGCACCAAAUUCCUGUUGCUUGCAAGGAUUCUGUAGCAAUUCUAAUCAUGUUUGAUCUUACAAGUCGGGUCACUUUAAAUGGUGUCAUAAGGUGGUACCAAGAAGCAAGGAAAUGGAAUCAGACUGCAAUUCCAAUAAUUAUAGGGACCAAGUUUGACGAUUUCAUUCAGCUUCCAAUGGAUCUGCAAUGGGCAAUUGCCAACCAGGCAAGAUCAUAUGCGAAGGCUCUGAAUGCUACACUCUUCUUUUCAAGUGCAACCUACAACAUUAAUGUAAAUAAGAUCUUCAAAUUCAUAACAGCAAAGCUCUUUGAUCUGCCAUGGGCUCCUGAGCGAAAUCUCACAAUUGGAGAGCCUAUUAUUGAUUUCUGAAAGGGAGACACUAAUCACUGUCAAUUUAGUACAUAGCAAGAGCCUCAUCUUCUUGCACUUGCACUCCACCACUACCACCAGCAAAGUAAUUUACAGGUCAACCGGCCAUCGGACACAUUUUUCUGUUAUCCAGUGGCUUUGCGAGUUGUUUUGUUCACAACUAUGGAGAGGUCAUCGUCUCCUUGUAUAAAUAAAGGCGGCUGAUGCUCAGAUACUGUAGAAAAUAGGAAGAAAAAAAAAAAAAAGGAAAGAAGAAAAAAUUUUACAUUUCUCUUUCCUUGGAAGCCCAUUUCCUGCUAUUUGGAAGAGUUGAUGAAAGGCUUGCAUUGCAGCAAAACAAGGGGAGGGAUGCUUUAGAAAGAGAGUACCAAACAGUCAUUUGGGAGACCAAACGGCUCUUAUGAGUUGUAAUGCUAUGUAAUGCUAUCUUUCUACUAAAUAAUGUUUGUAAAAACACCAAUAUAAGUCCCAUUCAGAUCAAUGGGAAUCACUAUUAUUAUAGGGUAAAAAUUAUAUUGCAGAUUCUUGCUUUCCUUGCAAAAA